ACUAUAAAAGAUGGCCGCCUAUUCCCGAUCUGGGUUCCCGUUACCGUCUGUCCUUGCUCUCGUCGUCGAUUUUGCUUCUACUCACCGACUCCAUCAGCUGCUUCAGUAGAGUUAUUAGGAGGAAGAACUAUUGGGGAUCUGAUCGUGGCGAAUCUGAUCACUGGGGUCGAUCCUUUCAACAUCGAACCAUCGAAUUCUUCUGAAGAUUCUUGGUACUUGUGCAACUCCAAAGGCCAGCAAUAUCCGAACAGGAGAAAUACAAUUACAGAGACAAAGUCUGGAUUCUGGAGAAUAAAGGAUGAGUGCAGAAUAUUCACGAAUACCACUUGUGUUGGUAGGAAAACGACAAUGGAAUAUUAUGAAGGGAAAGUACCCAAGGGAAAUAAAACUAGGUGGAUGAUGAUUAAAUAUCAGGUAGAGUGUAAGACUGGGAAUGGGUUUAAUCAACAAAAGGACUAUAAUUCAUUAUGCAGAGUUUUCUUGCAAAAUGAUUGGACAGAAUACGAAGACCAACACUAUUCUGCUAGUGCCAAUGUUGGUGGUGAAUAUAUCAUCCAAUUGGUGCAAGUCUAUCGAGAACCAGAAGAAACAAAUUUACCUUCCAAAAAUGUGCUCAACAGAUCCCUGGGGCAACCGGCAUUCUCUGAAAGUGUUGGUGAACCAUUACAUGAGAAUGUAGUGGAAGAGAUAGAAUCAAAUUGCAAUUUUUCAAUUGGAGAUUACCUGGAACUGAAUGAUUUAAUGAGUCCAGAGACAUCUUCAUCCAGUUCAAACAAUUCCAGCUGUGUGUCAACCAAUUCUUAUGACUACUUUGAUGCUGAUGCAUUUUUGUUUUCUGUUGGGGAUGAAGACAACAUGAGAUCUGAUGAAGAAUAUUUAGAUCGUAGAUUUAGUAUCCCUAUCUUAAUUGAAUCAAGUCAGACUGCUGUUAGGCCUUCCUCACCAGGCUCAAUUCAUGGCAAUAACAAUAUCGUGACUGAAGAGAAUAUGGCUACCAGUUCACUGCCUCGAAACGAAAUUUUAGACCAAGGACUUCCUGUAUCUAAUGAGGAGGUGCAGUGCACGAGAGAUGAUAAAUCAGAAAAAUCUGAGGGCAGUCAGACAAACCAAGUUGCUGAUAGUUCAUUUGAUGUCAGGAGUAUGCAGGGUAAUGGAUUGAAGAAGACUGGUAAGAUUGCAAAGCUUGGCAAGAAAUACUGCUGCUUUGGAUCAUUUUAGUCAGUCAUCUCACUCAUCCUAUAGUUGUCGACAAAGUAGAUUAUGAGGUCAUUCUAAUGAAGAGUUGCAAUUGUCAAGCAACUUCGCUGGGAAGCUUGGGUUCAAAAUCUAGAGAAACACUGCCUUUUUUUUGUCAGUGUUCUUUGAACAAGAGUUGUCUCACUAAUUAGAACUUCAUCUGGAGGUGGUUAGGAAUUCAAGUUGCAGAUUUCAUUGAGAAAUCCUUGCCAUAUGGCAUAUUUUAUCUUCACACAGCUUCUGUUGUAUUGCACAAGUUACCUCAGCGGUCACAGUAUCAGUUACAUCUUCUGCUUUAUUAGGGGGCAUCUGGAGGAUCAUUGCUAUUAGGUUUCAUCUUAGAUUCACCCAGUUUAUGUGAAUAAAUAAAAUCAUAGCAGAUGGGUGUUGAUUUCACAGUAUGUUAAACAGUAUGUUUACAUUCUCUUUCUUGAUCUAAUGUGAAUUAUAUAGUUUGUUA